CCAGGUCAAUCCACAGAAGGACAAGGAGUAUGUGGGUUUUGCAGCCCUCCCCAACCAGCUGCACCGCAAGUCCAUCAAGAAGGGGUUUGACUUCACACUCAUGGUGGCAGGGGAGUCAGGCCUGGGGAAAUCCACCCUCAUCAACAGCCUGUUUCUCACCAACCUCUAUGAGGAUCGGCAGCUGCCUGAGGCCAGUGCUCGCUUGACACAAACGCUGACUAUCGAGCGUCGGGGUGUGGAGAUCGAAGAGGGGGGUAUUAAGGUGAAACUGACCCUGGUGGACACACCUGGCUUUGGGGACUCUGUGGAUUGCUCAGACUGCUGGCUGCCCGUGGUGCGCUUCAUUGAGGAACAAUUUGAGCAGUAUCUUAGGGAUGAGAGUGGCCUGAACCGGAAGAACAUCCAGGAUUCCCGUGUCCACUGCUGCCUCUACUUCAUCUCACCCUUUGGCAGGGGGCUCCGGCCUCUAGAUGUGGCCUUUCUCCGGGCAGUGCAUGAGAAGGUCAAUAUCAUCCCAGUCAUUGGCAAAGCAGAUGCCCUGAUGCCUAGGGAAACCCAGGCCCUCAAGCAGAAGAUCCGGGACCAGUUGCAGGAGGAAGAGAUCAACAUCUACCAGUUCCCUGAUUGUGAUUCUGAUGAGGAUGAAGACUUCAAGAGGCAGGAUGCAGAGAUGAAGGAAAGCAUCCCUUUCGCAGUUGUUGGUUCAAAUGAGGUAGUGAGGGACAGCGGGACCCGACCAGUGAGGGGACGCCAUUACCCCUGGGGUACGGUGGAAGUGGAGAAUCCACAUCACUGCGAUUUCCUGAACCUGCGUCGGAUGCUGGUGCAGACACACCUGCAGGACCUGAAGGAAGUGACACACGAUCUGCUCUAUGAAGGCUACCGGGCCCGCUGCCUACAGAGCCUGGCCCGACCUGGGGCACGUGAUCGAGCCAGCCGCAGUAAGCUUUCCCGCCGGAGCACCACAGAGAUCCCGCUGCCCAUGCUGCCUCUGGCUGAGACAGAGAAAUUAAUCCGUGAGAAAGACGAAGAGCUGCGUCGCAUGCAAGAGAUGCUGGAGAAGAUGCAGGCCCAGAUGCAGCAGAGCCAGGCUCAAGGGGAGCAGCCGGACGCUCUCUGAGACCCCCCGCCGGUGUAUAGUUCUACUUUGGCUCAGUCUUGGGUCCAUCUCUUGUCCAAUACCUGAAGCCCAGAUUGCCUUGCCGCCUAAUCCAGAAGCCUACAGAAGCACGGGGUUCUCCGGCUAAAAGGUUCUCCCAAUCCCAGUUUAGUCCUGCCUUUGCCCCCCACCCCCAACUUCGGGACCCUGAGCUUCCAGCCCAGCCCCUAACCAUCUGACCACCCCCCCUCCCCCGCCCCUCUACACCCGAACUGUGUCUUCUAUAAAAACUGUUUCCUGAG